AUGUCUUCCCUAUUCGGCCAACCCACCAGCUCGCUCUUCGGCAACAACAAUCAACAGCAGCAGAACACCAGCAAGCCAAGUCCUUUCGGAUCGCUCAAUACGAGUACGACUUCGCAGCCACAGCAAGGGGGAGGACUAUUUAGUUCUACAUCAACUUCUCAGCCGCAACAAGGAGGAGGGCUAUUCGGCUCUACAGCAGCCUCUCAGCCACAGCAGGGAGGACUUUUCGGCUCCCUGAACACGAGUGCCCCAAUCUCUCAGGAGCAGCAGGGGAGUGGAUUGUUUGGUCGCAUUACAGCGCCUCAGCAGACUGGUGGAGGACUGUUUGGUUCUACACAACCUCAACAGCAGGGCGGGCUUUUCGGAUCUACCCAGCAGCCGCAGCAACAGCAACAGCAACAGGGUGGUCUAUUUCAAAGCCAGCAGCAGCAGCCUCAGCAAGGAGGUGGUCUCUUUGGCGGCUCAGGCGCAACUACAAAUCAGCAGCCACAACCGCAGAACCAACAGCAGCAGGGAAGUAGCUUAUUUGGAAAUGUGGGUCAGCCUGCACCGCAGCAGCAACAGAACCAGCAGCCAGGAAGUGUGUUCGUGCAGAGCCAAGGUUCCAUCUUUCAGAAUGAGAAUGCUCCACGACAAAAGCCCGUACUCGCACAAAUCGACCUAGCUUUCUCGAAAUGGAAUCCUCAAAAUCCCGCUACUCCCUUCCAAACAUACCUCUACAACACUGUCCCACCAGAGCAGGCACCUUUCUACGGCCCCACAGCGCAAGAUGACGAAACAAAAUGGGAAGAAGCGCUCAAUAAGAAACCUGGUCCCGGGGCAAUCCCAGUCUUGGUCAAAGGGUUCCGCGAGAUUGGAAUGCGGAUGAAUAUGCAACUUCAGGCUCUGCAUACUCUCGGUGGUAGACUACAUGAGAUCAACAGUGGUCUAAGUAAACUACUGCAGAAACACGAGUUGAGCAUAUCCGUUCGGGCGGCAGAGUGUCGGAGAAAGCAUCUCAGAUUGAGUCAUCAAUGCCUAGGGUUGGCGGCCAAGACGCAGGUUUUGAGAAACAGAGGAUAUGCUAUGGACGGUCCGGAAGAGGAAUUGAGGAACAAGUUCUUGUUGUUGGAAAGAAGCGUUCUUGAUCCCGCGCUGAAUGGUAGAAGCGAAGAGAUAUGGGCAAGAAUGGUGAGCGUUAGAGAACGAGGAAGACUGCUGCAGCGGGAGUUCGAGAAGGCUGGGAGGAGUCUAUCGCAGGAAGAGGGGCAGGUGGUUGACGAGGAGGUAAUGAGGAGGGUGAAGAAGAUCUUGGAAGAUUACAGCUCACAACUCGGAGGUCUAACAAAGGAGCUAGCGCAGCUUCAAAACCAUUGGGCCGAGUGGGAGCAGUCGAAACCUCUCGCGAUCACGAAUGGCGUGGGGAGGUAG